ACUACCUGGACGGCGAUGGCGACUGGAGCAGCUGGGCAGCGUGCAGCGUGAGCUGUGGCCACGGCAACCAGAAGAGGACACGCUCCUGCGGCUACGCCUGCACCGCCACCGAGUCCCGCACCUGCGACAUGCCCAACUGCCCCGGCAUCGAAGACGCCUUCAAGACGGCCACCACUGAGGUGAGCCUGCUGGCUGGAACGGACGAGUUCAACGCCACAGAGCUCUUCGGCGUCGACACGGACAGCUGCGAGCGCUGGAUGAACUGCCGCAGCGACUUCCUGAAGAAGUACAUGGCCAAGGUGGCGGAGGACCUGCCCAGCUGCCCCUGCUCCUACCCCACCGAGGUGGCCUACAGCACCGCCGACGUGCACGACGGCGUCACGCACCGCCGCUUCCGCUGGAAGGACGCCAGCGGGCCCAAGGAGAGGCUGGAGAUCUACAAGCCCACGGCGCGCUACUGCAUCCGCUCGCUGCUCACGCUCGAGUCCACCACGCUGGCCGCCCAGCACUGUUGCUACGACGACGCCAUGAAGCUGGUGACCCGCGGCAAGGGGGCGGGCGCGCCCAACCUCAUCAGCACCGAGUUCUCGGCCGACCUGCACCACAAGGUGGACGUGCUGCCGUGGAUCCUCUGCAAGGGCGACUGGAGCCGCUACAACCAGGCCCGGCCCCCCAACAACGGGCAGAAGUGCCCGGAGAACCCCCAGGACGAGGACUACUACAGACAGUUUGAGGAGGCCACGGAGUUCUAGCCGACGCCCGUGCCCCGCCCCCAUGCCCCAAGCCCCGCCCCCCCCCAUCCAUCCCCCAUCAACAGUUCAGACAUUCGUCGACAUCGCUGAUCUUUAAUAUGGGGCCGCACCCACACAAGUGUCAGUGGUGUCUUUGGUUUUAUUUUAAGCAGCACAGGGGACCCCUGGUGACCCCCUGGGGACCUCUGGUGACCUCUGGUGACCCCUGGUGACCCCUGGCGACCCCUUGGGACGGCAGAGCUCCGUGGUCCCUACAGCAGCCUUCAUGGCCACAAAGACCUUGUCUUCAACCAUAGCAAACGCUAAAUACCGUUUUUUUUAAUAAGAAUAUGUACAACAAAGAUUUUUAAAAAGAAAAACAACCAAACACAUUAUGUUGCCAAUUUUAUAUCUUGAUGUAUCGGUCACAAAGGGAACAUUUAUAUCGAUUUAAAGGGAAAAUAUCUGUCGUAGUUUUUGUUUGUCUUAUCGGUUUGACCUUUUAAAGAAAGUGUGGCACGGAAAGGAGAAUCCACGAGUAAUAAAUUCUGACCAAUGAAGUUUGACAACAGAUACGGUGUGGCGCCUGAGAGGCCAAGGAAUGUGGACGGGGAUGGAGAGGAAAGAUCGUGUCCCGGCUGAGCCAGUGGCCGUCGGGCUCAUUAUUUUAUUCAGGUUCUCAUGGCCGCUUGUGUGUUCAUUUUUUAGCAUGCACGUGUUUAUUUUUUACAAAUAGUUUACGACCAUGUACCUGGCCGUCUGACUCAGGUCAGUCUCUUCAAUGUAAAAAAAACACACAAAAAAUCCUGCGUUAUUUUUGUAAAGUAUUUAUUUAAGAUGUAGCUGUGGCCUAGUUCAGUUUGUCUUUCUUGUCUGUUGUCCUUGAGAUAUCUGUGUUAGCCCAGAAGUUUGCCAGCGAUGAUUGAAUUAUUAUUUUAAGUUAGGAAUGAACCUCCUUAGACAGAUGUGUGAAUACAGAUGUGCAGAGAGAUUUUUUUAGAUCUACAUGUAAAAAAAAACAAUAAAGACAAAUACAGGGAAUGCGUGAC